CAGAGCAAAUUCAUGAUGUUAAAAGCGCUGUUUUCGUUACCUCUAAGCAUAGUAGCAUGCUAUGCGAUAUUUGUACUUUCCUAUAAAGCUGUGGUGUUCUUUUCAGUCCAGAAGACACAAGCGUUUAACGUUAUACAAGAUUCAAAAGAAGUCUUCAAGAUUUUGCUGUUUGAUCUGCUUUUAGUUGGAGUGUUUGUAUUACAACACAGCUUGAUGGCAAGUCGUUUGUACAAAGAAAUGAUUGGGAGUAGGUUAGGAUUCCUGCAGAGAUCAGUAUACACAAUACUUACCUGCAUUAUUCUUCAGUUUUUGUUUGAAAAUUGGAAGACAGUCAGUGGAUGGGACAUAUGGUUUUGGGACCUUCAUGAUUCUCCUGUUACUUCCCUUUUCUUUUCUUUGGUUCAUACUGUUGCUUGGUGUUUCCUUGCCCUAGAACAUGCACUGAUAGACCCCUUCUACCUCAUAGGGGUGAAGCAGGUAUACUAUCGACUGUGGGGUGACAUGUCACCCUGGCAGUACAUGUCUCGGAGAUUACAGAGUUUCAUCACUCACAUGCCACACCCUGGUGUUCUGUGCUUUCUCAUCCUUUUGUGGGUGUAUCCACACAUGUCCCUGGACCGCUGGCUAGUGUCUACUCUCCUUACCUGGUACACCUGUCUAGGACUUGGACAGGUCACAAACAAGGACUUUGUCUACAUAGAGGAACAGACCAAAGUCAGAAUGACCACUACUGCAAGACAUAUGGCUGCUUGAAGGCUGUGUAAUGAUGUGAUGUAAACUGCCUAUAGGAGACUGAAGCUGCUAUCACUGCUUGAAGGCUGUGUAAUGAUGUGCUGUAACCUGCCUUAAGGAGACUGAAGCUGCUAUGACUGCUUGAAGGCUGUGAAAUAAUGUGCUGUAACCCGCCUAAAGGAGACUGAAGCUGCUAUGACUGCUGGAAGGCUGUGUAAUAAUGUGCUGUAACCUGCCUAAAGGAGACUGAAGCUGCUAUGUCUGCUUGAAGGCUGUGUAAUAAUGUGCUGUAACCUGCCUAAAGGAGACUGAAGCUAUGACUGCUUGAAGACUGUGUAAUAAUGUGCUGUAACCUGCCUAAAGGAGACUGAAGCUGCUAUGGCUGCUGGAAGGCUGUGUAAUAAUGUGCUGUAACCUGCCUAAAGGAGACUGAAGCUGCUAUGACUGCUGGAAGGCUGUGUAAUCAUGUUCUGUAACCUGCCUAAAGGAUACUGACGCUGCUUCUGCAUAGCCUGAACCAUUUGAACCUUUCAGAAUAUGACACACACACAGAUUAGAAAUGAAAUUAUCCCAUGAAAUACUGGUCUAGCUGUAGGAUUACUAGUUUUGAAAAUAUCUACAAAACAUUGUUGCACAUAUUUCUAUAUUUCAUGUAAUGUUAAAGUCAGUAAAGCAAACAAUGGAAUGCAUUGUGUAAUUGAAUGUUUUUAAUAUUUUGUUUUACACUGAUAGAAAACUGUUCAUUCUGACAUUUUAAUAGUGUAACUCCCCCACCUCCAUGGCCAGUAGAUUCUAACAAACAUUUUGUGGAAUAGUCUCUGUCAUCUUUUACCUUUUUACCCAGGUUACAAAGAGGAAGCUACAUGUACAGUUAGACACUUGAAUAAUUAUAAAGUUUUUCUCAUAUGGUAACCAGCAUAUUUGAUUGUUCUGCCUUAGGCAUAGUGCAAUUCUUAUCUCAUAUAGACAAAACAUUAGAGGUUUUGGCUAUGUCUCAACCUCAUUUUACAGUUCUACUCUAAUAGUCACUUAUGUUGGCAGGAGACAUCAUAGUAAAAGUUAGUUAAAUAGCUCAUUUUUUAAUGAUUGUGCAUAUUUUGACUUUCAGAGGGUUGAGGCGAUACAUUACAAAUAGUUGUUUAUCAAUUUAAUAUCAUUUUCUAUAGCACGAUAUAGUCUUGUCAUAAAAGUGUCUUAUCAAUAUACAUAUAUAAUGUACAUAUAUUUUUAAUAUAUUAAAGUAUUUUCAUUACUUUUUUUGAACGGACACAUUUAAAUAUGUGCAUCAGUAUUAUGUAUCAAAGUGUUAUCUUGCUGAAUACACUUACUUGUUGCUGGCCCUAAUGACCUUUUGUGUUGACGGCCAUUAAGAAUGUCAUAAUUGUUGAUAACAAAAGAAAGUCUUCAUACUUAGUAAGUGUUGAUUGUUGAAUAAAAAGUUUUCUUAUUAAAUGUUAGAUACUCUACAAUGGAAAUGAUAUAUGUAUUGUAUUUUCUACAUUAAUGUAAUAUAUGCCAAGACGCAAUAAAAAUACUAUAUUCUACUAAG